GCGCGCGCUGACGGAUGAGUAUACAGUCUCUUCUUAAUUUCUACUCGGCAUGGUGUUAAGGUAUUAAGUGCUUUAGGAGACUCGAUAUGAACCGAGCACUGUAUAUUUAUCUACGUGGCAAAGCCGCGCUAAGAAAACCCUCUCAGUCUGUUACACAAAGAAGCAUUCGCCAGUAUAUGAAAUGUAAGACAGAAAAUGAAAUAAAGCGGUUUAUCGCAGAAAACACUGAGAUAGUCAAAGGUCAAAGUUUAACACCAGAGAUCUCUUUAAGACUGUUUACAGUGAAAUGUCGCUUCUGGACGGAGAGACCAGAGUUCUGGCCCUUUCCUGACCCCUACUGGGCUGUAUACUGGCCUGGGGGUCAGGCACUAAGCAGGUAUCUUCUCAAUAAUCCAGAGCUGUCAGUAGGUAGAAGAGUGCUGGAUCUUGGAUGUGGCUGUGGUGCAUCUGCUAUUGCUGCUAAACUCAGUGGGGCCGCUCAUGUGGUGGCUAAUGACAUUGACCCAAUUGCUGCUGUUGCUACAAAGAUGAACUGUGAGCUGAACGGUCUAGAACCCUUGCCUUGUGUGACUGAGAACCUGAUCAGUUCAGAACCAAAGAACUGGGACCUCAUCUUGCUGGGAGACAUGUUCUAUGAAGAGACUCUCGCAGACAGCUUGCAUAAGUGGCUGUGCAAAUGUGUUAAGCUUCACAGAACACAGAUCCUUAUUGGAGACCCAGGACGGGCUCAGUUCGAGAGCCAUGACAUUAAGAUACGUUUGCAUGAACAGGCUCGGUUUGAGUUACCUGACUCAGUUCGAGAGGAAAACUAUGGACUGACAAGCAGCACAGUGUGGUGUUACAGACCUGAUUGCUAAGUUACUUCUGCAAAUAAUAAUAAUAUGUGUCUGUUAACACAUAAAAUAUACUUUAAGACUACUUCAAAAACAUUACCCUUUUAAUGUGAUUAAAAAUAUUAUUUAUAUAGGUUUAGCAGUUACUGUGAGGAAGCACUGUAAGAUUUUCACCUAUAUUCUGGAAGUUAAAUGAUUCAAUUUGACCACUUUAAUUCUAAAUGUU